ACUCUGUCCAAUCUGUAUUGAAAUCUAAACCAGAGCAGCACGCAUGACUCGAACAAAGACAUCAAAGACGGCACAGGGCGACGACAAUGAUAUGGACGAACCGGCAAUUGACCUGUAUGCAGAGUUUAAUAUUUCCCGAGACGCUUCAGAGGAACAAGUCAAGAAAGCAUACCGUAAACUGGCGCUGAAGUAUCACCCAGACAAACUCAGUAAGGCGAGUGAAGAAGAGAAAGCCGCCGCAACAGCAAAGUUCCAAGAGAUCGCCGUAUGGUACCAAGUUUUAUCAGAUCCUGUCAAACGCAAACACUACGACCAGACUGGGGAACUAGGUGAAUCUGACGGCUUCUUUGGAGAUAAAGGCGAUGCCACUUGGGAGGAGUUUUUUAGGCAGCUAUGGGUUGGUCUGACGAAGGAGAGUAUCGAGGAGUUUGAGAAAAAAUACAAAGGCUCUGAAGAGGAACGGCAAGAGAUAUUGGAAGCAUAUCAAUCUUCCAAAGGCGACGUUUUCUAUAUUCUGGAAACGGUCCCCCUCAUGACAUUUGACGAUCUCGAUCGCGUCCGUGAAAUCGUGACAGCGGCCAUCAGCGGUGGGGAUGUUAAAGCAUACAAAAAAUUCACCAAAAUCGACCAAAAGGAGCUUGCAAAGAGGAAAAGGGAAUCGGAAAAGGAGGCACGGGAGGCCGAGAAAUUGUGGCAAGAAAUCAAAGGGAAGUAUGAAGACAAGGAAGCAAAGGGCCCGCGAAGACGCGGAGUGGCAUCUAUAGAGGAUGAAGGAGAAGAUGGCCUUCGCAUGCUGAUACAACAACGGGGCCAGAGUCGUAUGGAUGCUUUGGUGCAGAACUUGGAAGCAAAAUAUGCCAAGAAAGCCGACACAAAGGGAAAGAAGGCUGGAAGCAAGCGAAAGAAGAGGUCAAUGGAUGACGAUGGAGAGGAGAACAAGGACGACAUUAGUUCCAAUGGUGGGCCAGAGCUGGCCGAUGAGGAUUUUGAAGCCUUCCAAAAGAAGCUUUUUAAGGAGAAGGCAAAGGUCACAACGCAGGAAUCCGGCGCCCAAAGGAAGGUUCCAACAAAAGGCACGACGAAGCGGCGAAAAGCGUAACACGGUUAAGGCCGGAACAUUGUCUUGUAUAUAGUUGUCAAAACCAAAUAUCUUUCAGGGUGUAUUAAAACGCUUCGCGCUAAAUCAUUAAAUAAUAUUUGUACAGUAAUAUGGAAAUACAUCACCAAAACUUGAACGUCUUGAC